AUGGGAGAAUCCGAGGAAGCCACCUUUGUGCGACGCGGCAGUGACACGUUGAAGGAUGGAAGAUGGGGCAUCACGAAAUUAACAGAUAGAGCAGAAGGAACUAAAAGUGACAUUCUCGGGCACGACAGGGAAAAAAUGGAAGAGUGGAAGGUUAUGAAAAGUAGAAAAAGAGACUUUAAGCUUUUAGAUGAAGAAGAUACGAAGAGCAUGAGAGUAACUGUGGCAAUUUCCACUUUCAACCCUCCAAUCCAAAACAGAGGAAGGAGCCUUCGAAUCCGAUUAUCAUCUUCCCCCAAUCAGAACAAUAAUCAGUCCUCUCCCGGAUUAUACUCCGCAAAGAAAUUCGAGCUUACCACAUCCAACGUCGACCUUGUUCUCGAAGAUGUUCGCCCUUACCUCAUCGCAGACGGUGGCAACGUCGACGUGGUCUCCGUCGAAGACGGCGUCGUAUCUCUCCGUCUUCAAGGAGCUUGCGAGAGCUGCCCCAGCUCCACCACAACCAUGACGAUGGGGAUCGAGCGCGUUCUUAAGGAAAAAUUCGGAGAUGCCGUUAAGGACAUUCGCCAAGUCUACGAUAACCAACCCAAGGAGAUAACGGUUGAGGCUGUGAAUAGUCAUCUUGAUGUAUUGAGACCGGCCAUAAAGAAUUACGGAGGCAGCGUGGAAGUGUUAUCCGUUGAAGGUGAGGAGUGCAAGGUUAAGUAUGUUGGACCAGACUCCAUUGGAUCCGGAAUCAAAGCAGCCAUCAAGGAGAGGUUUCCAGACAUUCUCAAUGUUACCUUCUCUUCCUAGCUACCAACAACAUCAUCAUCACUUUCUCUGCAACUAUGCCUUAAUAUGUCCUUCACUUGAAAACCAUCAUCCUCAAAAAAUGUAGAGUUACCAGUAGUGGGGGAAUAUAGCAGUUCUUUUCAUUGUUUCUGUCUUAAGUUUGGAUUGGAAACUUCCUCUAUGGUAAAUGUACUACACUUCUUAUGCAUGUUAUUGUCUCUUCUUUUCUUUGGAAUGCUAGAUUUUAAUUGAGUUGUUAUUAGUUUUUA